UCUUUGUCUAAAAAUUUAUAAGAAAGUUAAGCUGAAGGGCCGUGUGGAUGUCGAAACUGUCGAAAUGACGUCCGGCCCUGCAAAACAUAAAAAGAAGAAGAAGAAGUAGAUAUUUUUUUAUUCACAAGAUUUUCCUUAUUUUCCCUGAUUUUUCUCUCUUAUUGCAUUUAAAACAAAAAGGAAAUUAAGAUGACUGCCCUGAAAUUGGUGUCCUCCAAUCGCAUCUUCGGUGGAGAUCAGCGAGUGUACUCCCAUGAAUCCAAGGAAUUGGGAUGUGAGAUGAAGUUCUCUGUUUUCCUCCCUCCGCAGGCGUCAGAGGGUGGAAAACUUCCGGUUCUGUUCUGGCUCUCCGGACUGACGUGCACGGAGGCGAAUUUUGUCCAGAAAGCUGGUGGGCAGAAGUAUGCUGCUGAACUUGGGCUAAUCAUAGUGUGCCCCGAUACAUCACCAAGGAAUGUGAACAUUCCCGGAGAGGAUGAUUCUUGGGAUUUUGGAUCAGGAGCGGGAUUCUACGUCGAUGCUACGCAGGAGCCGUGGAAGAAGCACUACAGGAUGUUUAGCUACGUCACCAAGGAGUUGCUUGAUCUUGUAGAAGCUAAUUUCCCUGUGAAUUCAGAGAAAAAGGGAAUUUUUGGGCAUUCAAUGGGUGGCCAUGGAGCUCUUGUUUGUUCCCUGAAAAAUCCAGGACUUUUCCGGAGCGUUUCAACCUUUGCUGCCAUUUCGAACCCCAUCAACUGCCCAUGGGGCGUUAAAGCAUUUUCCGGAUAUUUCGGAGAGAAUCGUGAGGAGUGGAAGAACUGGGAUGCAACAGAACUCGUUAAGACCUACAAUGGACCUCCGUUGGAGGUUUUCCUCGAUCAGGGAGAUGCCGAUCAAUUUCUGAAGGAGAAUCAAUUGCUGCCCAAUAAUUUGGCUGAAGCCUGCCGUGCUGCAAACUUCCCUUUCAUACUCAGGAUGCGCGAUGGCUACGACCACAGCUACUUCUACAUCGCUACCUUCAUCGAGGAGCACCUUCGCUACCAUGCAGAGCGCCUCCAGUAAACUUCAAUUGCAGUUUUUUUUUGUAAAUAAUAAAAAGUGUCUGAGCAAUAAGA